AUGUCGUCUUCGGAAGGGGCGCCGGAGUCAUGGAUCUCCUCUUUCUGUUCGCUGAUGGGCCAUGAAUUCUUCGCAGAGGUGUCGGAGGACUUUAUCGAAGAUGACUUCAAUCUUACAGGUCUGCAGUCGCAGGUGCCCAUGUACAAGGAAGCGCUCGAGAUGAUUCUGGAUGUGGAACCGGAGGAGGACGAAGACGAGGAGGAGGAAGAAGAGGAAGAGGAGGAGGAUGAUGACGAGAUUCUCGGUGAUGAGCGACCCCCGGGCUACCGCAGAGCUGGGGACCGGAGACAUGCGCGGGUGGCCAGCGACUUGAGUGUGAUCGAAAGUUCUGCGGAACUGCUCUACGGCCUCAUCCACCAGCGCUACAUCACUUCGCGGCCGGGAAUCCAGCAGAUGCUGGAGAAGUACGAAAUGCAGCACUUCGGUGUCUGUCCGCGCGCCUACUGCAAUGGAAGCAAGGUCCUACCCGUGGGCUGCUCCGACACUCCUGGACAAGAGACGGUGAAGCUGUUUUGCCCCAGCUGCCAGGAUCUGUACACUCCUCCCAACAGUCGUUUUCACUCGGUUGAUGGGGCCUUCUUUGGGACCACAUUCGGAUACCUUUUCUUCAUGACCUUCCCCGACCUGGACAUUGGGCCCCGCCUGGAUCCCUCCAUGUUAACCGUUGCCCCUGCGAAUGCAAACAAUCAAUCUCGAUCCUCGUCUUUGACGUCUGGGGCCAACCGCGCGACCCCCGAUCUGCCUCCGCCGAACCAGCCAACGGAGAUCAAUGGGGUGCGAACCGUCAACUUCUGCCCCGGCCUGGGACCAGGUAGAAUUUACGAAUCGAAGAUUUACGGAUUUCGCGUCUCAGAGCGAUCCAGAGUUGGUCCGCGCAUGAAGUGGCUGCGGAUGAAGCCGACCGAUAUCCGGGAGUUGGACGAGUUGGCGCAGUACGAGGCCAUCCACGGUUCUGCGAACGAUACCGAGCUGAACAUUGAAGCCCAGAAUGCAGCCGCAAUCGCAGCUAGGAAGAAAGCGCCCAUGCGGAGACGGCGGCUUAACCCCGAUCAGAUGAGCAUCAACGGAGCGGAAGGCUGA